CAUGCCAUGUUUGUUUACAUAUUACAAGUGAACACGGUGAAGGGGGCCUAUCCGCGCGCGUACUGUUUAAACAGUUUUGAUUUGUAUUAGUGGUGGCAGUUUGUAGUGACAGUGAUGGAGGUUGAUAAUAUUAACAGUGAUGAUUGGUAAAUUUAGUGGUGUUGGGUGAUAGAUAUCCUAGUAGUGUAAUCAACGAUGGCCAGUACUGUUGACGAUGGUCUGUGAUGAAGUUUGAUAGACAAGUGUUAAGUACUGUAACAUGCCUCACCAUGAUAGCCUACCAAAGGUUGAUAAAACGAAGACUGCCUGCCUGGAUAAGUGCUCGUUAACCAACCGGAAGUAUGAUGCUACAAAACAUCCAGAUACGAGAUGGAGAAUAUACAAAAACUAUAUAUACUUUGAUUAAAGAGCAACGGUACAGUGAAGCUGUACAGAUAUUGAAUCACAUAUUGGAGGCAUACCCAAGUAGCAGAGCAGCCCUCUCUUUACUUGCCUACAGCUAUUUUUAUAUGCAAGAUUUUGUCAACGCUGCAAACUGUUAUGAACACCUGACAGUGCUCUUUCCUGAAAUGGAGGAUUACCGUUUGUACUAUGCACAGUCACUCUAUCAGGCUUGUUUGUAUGAAGAGUCCAUGAAAGUAACUCAUCAGAUAGAAGAAGCAGAGUAUGCUGGUCGUAUCACUAAACUUCAAGCAGCAAUCAAAUAUGGAGAAGAGGACUUACCUGGAGCCAAAAGUCUGGUAGAUCAGUGCCCUCCUGAUGACCCAGAUACUGAAGUCAAUCAUGGAUGUCUUUUAUAUAAGGAAGGCCGUUAUGAGGAGGCAUGUCAGAAAUUUGGCAAUGCAUUGCAAGUAGCAGGACACCAGCCUCAUUUAUCUUAUAAUAUAGCAUUAUGUCACUAUCGCCUUAAGCAGUAUGCACCUGCUCUGAAACACAUUGCUGACAUAAUUGAACGGGGUAUCCGUGAACAUCCAGAAUUAAGUGUUGGUAUGACCACAGAAGGCAUUGAAGUUCGAAGUGUUGGGAAUACACUUACUCUUCAUGAGACUGCAUUGAUUGAGGCAUUUAAUCUGAAGGGAGCUAUUGAAUACCAGUUGAAGAAUUAUGAAGCAGCAAGAGAGGCUCUAACAGACAUGCCACCAAGAUCUGAGGAGGAACUGGAUGCUGUCACUCUUCAUAACCAAGCCCUCAUGAAUAUGGAGACAAAGCCAACUGAAGGGUUUGAAAAGAUGCAGUUUCUUCUUGGACAAAACCCCUUUCCACCAGAAACAUUUGGGAAUCUUCUUCUCCUGUAUUGCAAAUAUGAAUACUACCACUUGGCUGCUGAUGUUCUUGCCGAGAAUGCUCACCUCACUUAUAAAUAUUUGACGCCCCAUCUUUUUGAUUUCUUAGAUGCCUUAAUUACUCAGCAAACUUCUCCCUCUGAAGCUUAUCGCAAAUUUGAUGAAUUAGGAUCUCGUCACAUUGAGUUACUUCGGAAAUUAACCAAGAUGGUACAGGAAGCCCGUCAAAAUCACGAUGAUGAUCAAGUAAAGAAUGCAGUAAAUGAGUAUGAGGAAGUUUUAGAAAGAUAUAUUCCAGUCCUUAUGGCACAGGCUAAAAUAUACUGGGACUUGGAAAAUUACUCACAAGUGGAGAAAAUUUUCCGCAAGUCUGUUGAAUUCUGCAAUGAAUCUGAUGUCUGGAAACUCAAUGUAGCUCAUGUUCUUUUUAUGCAAGAAAACAAAUUUAAAGAAGCAACAGGAUUUUAUGAACCAAUUGUCAAGAAGCAUUACGAUAACAUUUUGAAUGUAAGUGCCAUUGUGUUGGCAAAUCUUUGUGUUUCAUAUAUAAUGACAAGCCAAAAUGAGGAAGCAGAAGAGCUUAUGCGCAAGAUUGAAAAGGAAGAAGAACAAUUAGCAUAUGAAGACCCAGAAAAAAAAAUAUAUCAUUUAUGUAUAGUAAACUUGGUUAUUGGAACCUUGUAUUGUGCAAAGGGGAACUAUGAAUUUGGCAUUUCAAGAGUCAUCAAGAGUCUGGAACCCUACAACAAAAAGCUUGGAACUGACACUUGGUACUAUGCUAAAAGAUGUUUCCUUUCCUUGAUUGAAAAUUUAGCUAAACACAUGAUUACUGUGAAAGAUUCUGUUAUCAUGGAAUGCAUACAGUUCUUAGAGCACUGUGAAGUCUAUGGAAGAAAUGUCAAAAGUCUGAUAGAACAGCCACUGGAAGAAAUGGCUAUUCAUCCUGGAAAGAAUACUGUUACUUAUGAAUCUAGGCUUUUAAAAGCUCUACUUUUGCAGAUUCAAAGAAUGUAGUUUUACUUAGUUACUGAGUUUGUGUAAAAUAACAGUUAUUGUAGUGAAGAAAACUUUGUUCUAACAGGUUAUAUUUAUAUCCAGUUUUAUUGCAUACUGUUUUGAUUGCAAGUGAGAAUUGCCAAAUGUACCAGUCCUUAAAGCAGAGUGAUGAUGUAGAACACUUGAGUAUUAAUUUGUAAAUGAUAUAGGUGGAAACAGUACAGGAAGGACAUACUAAUCUGAUUCAAGGAUCUGCAUUUUACUUCAUUAAGAAACUGGAGAACUCAUGUACAUACAGCAAAUUUUGUCAGCUUGCUGUUUUUGAAGUUACUUUGACAAUUAAUAUGUAAAGAAUUUGGAAUGCAACUGGGAGGAUUCCAUAUCUUAAUGUACAUUGCAGAUUGAUAUUACAGAGCCACAGUUGCCUCCAACAUUUGUCAAAUUACAACACAUUCCUUUUUGCACAAUAGCUUGAAAUGUUGACUUAGCAAUUAUUUUAAUUCUGUAAGAAGACCCUUAAUACAGGUAAAAUAGUGUUUCCACAUUUGCAACCACAAAUUAGAAAAUAUGCUAACAAGGUACCUUUAUUUCAGUGCAGUAAUUUGCAGUACUCGGAAAUUUCAGUUAAUGUUUGUAUAUGUAUAGAAGGGUGAUCAGUUUUGACGAAGCACCAGUUGUUGACUGGAUAUUCAACACUCCAGAGAACCUUCUCAUUGCUUGAGAUUUAAUACCCAGUGUUCACUUUGAGAGUAUUGUUAAGGUUCAUUGUUUUCUGUAAAUUUGCAGCUUUUUUUCUAGUCAUUAUUUUUAGAUUAAUGCAAUAGUUGGCAUGUUUUCUGGUUAUGUACAUGGAGAUGGCUUGCUUUUACAUCAUUGUUGCUCUCAGACUUUAUUAGUAUUCAAUUGUCCGUUAAAAUAGUAAUUGCUUAUUUCAUUUGAAUGUUUAUGCAGUCCAUUUGUAAAUUUUUGCCAGAUAUUUAGGCAAUACAGUGGGCUCCCAAUUCGCGGAUUUCUCUCUCGACCAUAUCUACCUAUUAUUUGCAAUAAAAUCGCUUAUUCGCUGUAUUUUUCAAUGAGAAAUAUCCAGAAAUUCCUGUUAUUUAUCAGUUUCAUCAUAAAAUGCACUUUUUAUGAUAAAAGUGUUAAAAAAACCAGGUAUAAAAAUUUUUAGUGGGUUUUUCUUGAGAUUUACCUACCAAUAUAGGCCAUUUUCAGCAUUUUUAUAGGGGCUCCAACUAUUCUUACAGAAUUCUCACAUUGCUGCUUUUGUGUCAAGUUCUUUUCUGAUCAAUUGUUCUCAUUCCUUCUUAUCACAUGAUCACAUUAUUUUGCCUGGUACCAAUAAUGCAAAGGUAGGCAUAUCUGCCACCCACACUCUGGAGAGGAUCCUCUUGUUGCUGUUGAGGUUUUAAUGGGACUAUGUAAAAUGCAUUUCUGGGCUCAGCUCGUGUCGGCCUAUGAAAGUAUCCUUAAUAUCAUUCUUUCUAGGUAAAAUUAGCCUAAAAUUACCAGAGAAAAACAAAUUAAGAAAAUGUCAGUAAAACUGACUCGCUCACUCUUAAAAAGAAGUGUCGGUAUGAUAUAGGGGCGAGUGUGGAACACUACCACGAGACAAAUACCAAUUAGAACU